CCUGUAAGCUUUCCUUACAUGGCUACCUACAAAAUUCUGAUAGUAAUUCUCAUCCUCGUGCUGUUAUGUCACUUCUCGCGUGCGGACUUGGCUGAAAUCUCGAAGAAACAAAAUCUAACAGAUUACCAACAGUUAUUCUCGGCAAAUAGAUUGUUCAAAAUGCAAAUUUUCAGUCCCGGCAAGUCAAGAAAGCGUUACUUAGGCAUAUUUGCUCGGCCAAGUCUUGAUAUGUACUCCCACGUUAUCCAAGAGGGAGAUGAAAAGGCUGUGUGGAUAGCUAACAGAGACGAUCCUAUAACUGAUACAUCUGCAAGUCUUAUGAUCGAUCGUGAUGGCAGAUUAAUGAUUUCUCAUAGUGAAGGAAAGGUCAUUUUGCUUAGUGCCACUCCAACAGCAGCAACUAACUUAACUGCUAUACUACUAGAUAAUGGUAAUUUUGUGCUGAGAGAACUGAAUUCCAAUGGCUCCGUUCAUCGAACACUAUGGCAAAGCUUUGAUUAUCCAACCGAUACACUUUUGCCUGGAAUGAAGCUAGGGAUUAACUUGAGAACUGGACAUAACUGGUCAUUGACUUCAUGGGCAACCGAUCAAGCACCUGCCUCAGGGUCUUUUACCUUUGGUCUUGACCCUAAUGGUACAAAUCAGCUCAUAAUCUCGUGGAUGGGCAAGGUCUAUUGGAAGAGUGGGCCUUUGCCUAACGGCCAUUUUGGUUUUAAAUAUGUCUCAAAUGAGGAUGAGAAAUAUUUCACGUAUACUGCUUAUUCUGUUUAUGGAAGGUACACGGUUAGUCCAUCUGGAUCAAUUCAGGCUGGUUUUGAAAGAAAUAAAGUGUUUGGUAUUUGUAUCGAUGGGAUUCCUGAUGCUGGCUGCGUAAAGCAGGUAUUGCCCCAGUGCAGGACAGCUAAAAAUUAUUGGUUUGAGCUUAGACAAGUUUACAUGUUUGGAGAUAGCUUUAAAAUUGAGGAAAAUUAUACCUUGAGCCUCUCUGAUUGUAAGGCCAAGUGUGAGAACGAUUGCUCGUGUGUUGCCUAUACUUCAGUUGAUAGUGACGAGGGGACUGGCUGCCAAAUUUGGGGAAACAGUUCGAGUUUUGUGACAGCAUCAAACAGUCUAGCCAGAGGUGUUUUCUUUCUUACAAGAAAAGAUGAGAAGCGAAAAUGGUGGAUAUGGCUGACAAUAGCAGCGCCCAUAAUGGUAUUGGUUUUCGCUUUCUCCUUAUGCUAUCUGAAACAAAAAAAACUCAUAGCAAGAGGCAAAGCCAGAGAAGUGGAGAAAGUGUUAUACGAGCUAGCAGGUCCUAACGCCAUUCCUGGCCAGUACAACGACAAGAAGUUGAGGCAUGAUAUACAAAUUUUCAGCCUUGAAACUAUACAUGUUGCCACAAACAAUUUUUCGUCUGAUAAUAAGUUAGGCGAGGGCGGCUAUGGACCCGUUUAUAAGGGGAUGUUAGUAGAUGAGCAAGAGGUAGCCAUAAAGAGACUUUCAACAAGUUCAGGGCAAGGAUUGGUUGAGUUCCAAAAUGAGAUUAAGCUGAUUGCUAAACUCCAGCACACUAAUCUUGUUAGGCUUUUAGGAUGUUGUGUUGAAGGGGAAGAGAAGAUAUUAGUUUAUGAAUACAUGAUGAACAAAAGCUUAGACUUGUUCCUAUUUGAUGCUAGCAGAAGAGAUACACUAAAGUGGAAUACCCGUUUGAACAUUAUUGAAGGAGUUGCUCAAGGAAUACUUUAUCUCCAUGAGUAUUCAAGGCUGAGGGUGAUUCACAGAGAUCUAAAAGCCAGCAAUAUUUUACUUGAUGACAAUAUGAACCCCAAAAUCUCAGAUUUUGGUUUAGCCAGGAUAUUUGGAAAGCAAGAAUUUGAAGCAAACACGGAGCGAAUUGUUGGUACCUAUGGCUAUAUGUCUCCGGAAUAUGCCAUGAAUGGCAUUGUAUCAAUGAAGACAGACGUAUUCAGUUUUGGAGUGCUAGUACUCGAGAUUUUGAAUGGCAAAAGAAACAACAGCUGCUAUCACUUGGAACGCCCACUAAACCUCAUAGGAUAUGCAGAGUAUUUGAAGAACUAACUGAUCCAAUGUUGUCGAAUGAAUCAACACCAACAAACGAGGUAAUGAGAUGCAUUCAUGUCGGAUUACUGUGUGUUCAAGCCAAUCCUAUGGACAGGCCAUCCAUGUCAAAUGUGGUUAUGAUGCUCACAAGUGAUAGCUCGCAACUACCCAUUCCCAAGCAACCAGCAUUCUUCAUUGAGACGCCUAGAGCAGAGACUGAUAUAAGCGAACAACUUGUAAAUUGUUCCACAAAUGGGUUAACAAUUUCAGAUAUGAUUGCUAGAUGAUUAAUUUUAUCCCUCAAAAUUGUCAAUUUUAUCAAGAUUGAACUUGUUAGAUUCGUUGCUUGCUGCAUGAGGGGAUGAUGAUUUGAUUUUGCUUGUUUA